AUUAGGCUGCGGCCAACAAGAAGCACGAGAAUCGUUCUCUAAACACAUCCCAAGCGAAUCCUUUCUUCUUUCUGUAUAUAAGGUCCCUUUGUCCAUUUCUCACGACCUCGAGCACUCUGCCAUAGUCUUUCGCCCGCCAUGUUCCGGGCACAGCAGAACACAUUUGACGAUGCUGUCGCUAAGGCGACUGACGAGAACCUGACCUCCGAGAACUGGGAGUAUAUCCUCGACGUGUGCGACAAAGUAUCAGCAAGUGACACCGGAGCGAAAGAUGUAGUGGCUGGUAUGAUCAAGCGACUGGCUCAUCGCAAUGCCAACGUUCAGCUGUACACACUUGAGCUUGCGAAUUCGCUCGCACAGAAUUGUGGAAUCGUCAUGCACAGAGAGCUGGCCUCAAGGAGUUUUACAGACGCCCUUCUGAGGUUGGCAAAUGACAGGAAUACGCAUCAGCAAGUCAAGUCGAAAAUACUGGAACGCAUGGAGUCUUGGUCCAAAGACUUCUCUAGCAACACCGAACUGGGUAUCAUGGAACAGGCAUUCAUGAGGCUAAAGGCACAAAAUCCCAAUUUACAACCCCCACAAGCCCCCGGUAAGAGGCAAAUCACAGAAUAUGACAGGCAAAAAGAGGAAGAAGAAUUGCAGAUGGCCCUCAGAUUAUCAAUCCAGGACAAGACGCCAGCUCCAUCCACAACUCAGCCUUCCGGCCCUGCGGCAGAACUACCAGCACAGCCGUCCUCCUCGGCGCAGCCAGCAGCUCAUCAGCCAGUCCCUUCAGGAACGACAGCUGCAACAGUUUCGCGAGUGCGGGCACUCUUCGACUUUCAACCCUCCGAGCCGGGUGAAUUACAGUUCCGCAAGGGCGACGUAAUUGCAGUACUCGAAUCAGUGUACAAGGAUUGGUGGAAAGGCUCACUCCGAGGUCAAACCGGCAUAUUUCCAUUGAACUACGUUGAGAAACUACAAGAUCCGACACCAGACGAGCUGCAGAAGGAGGCGCAAAUGGAAGCCGAGGUGUUUGGACAAAUCAAGAACGUCGAGAAGCUGCUGGCAUUGUUGAGCACGAGCGCUACCGACGUGAAUGUCAGAGACAACGAAGAAAUAACAGAGCUGUACCACAGCACCUUAUCAAUCAGGCCAAAGCUGAUCGAGUUGAUUGGGAAGUAUACCCAGAAGAAAGAUGACUUCCAGCAAUUGAACGAGAAAUUCAUCAAGGCACGACGAGACUACGAGGCGCUGCUUGAGACGUCUAUGGCUCAAUCAGCACAAGCAUAUGCCCGUCCUGGCCCAGCAGCAUUCGGGUACGGAGGAGGCCCACCGCCACAGGGCUAUCCUCCGCAGAGAUACUAUACUCCUGAUGGUCAACCGCCUAACAACGCCGUACCGUACGGGAACCCAACGCCCUUCCAGCCUCCCUACCCUAUAGCCUCUCCACCUCCACAAAGUCAUACUCCAGCGAAUCAGCCACCUUCUCAACCUCCAGCGGACGGCAACUACCCUUCAUACCCAUCGGCGCCCACCCGUCGACAAUCGCAGCCCGAACAGUACGCGGCAUACCCUCCCCCUAGCAAUGCGCCACCGCCGCCAUCCGACGGUCGGCCACCGCAGCAGCAGUCUCAGUAUCCCAGCGUGCAGCCGCCGAACAUCACGCAACUGCAAUAUCAGGACAAUAACAAGGACUACUCACCCUCGAAUUACUCGACGGAAGACCUACACAACCAAGGCAUGUCUCCUCCUCCGCCCCAGCAGCAAACCCAGAUUCCUCCACCGCAACCACAACAACAGCAAGCCUACCAGGCUCCCACAAAUCCAAUUUACCCACCAUCGUCAGCGCCGUCACAGCUGCCGUAUGACUACAGUCAGCAACCUUCGCAACCAAUCGCACCGAGUCAUGGGCCACCACCGAUACCAGGGGCAGGACCUGACCGUCCAGUGACCCCCCUAGCCCAGUCGUCGCCGUACCCUACCUUCUCUCCGAACUCGAAUGCCAAUCCCCACGGUCAGCAAUACCAGGCGUACAACCAGCGGCCGACGAGCGUGGCUGCGGCGCCGCAGGCUCCUGGUGUGGGAGGUGUGGAAGGCAGGUAUAGUUACUACCGGUAGGAGGUCGAAGAAAGAAAAAGGGCUGAGAGUUUGGGGUGGAUUGAAUUGAUAGCGAGAGUAUCGUGGGAACUUCUUGAAAUUGGCCAGGGAACGAAUGCGAUGCAAAUUGAGCGCGCCUUUUUGUAUGUUUGUCUCUCGCCAGGUGAAGCACUCUCGCAAUUUCCGGCCUGUUUGAACUUGGAAAGUGUAGUACUGCGCCCCUGGGAGAUGAUCACAGCGAGAUCCAAACAUUACGAAAACCACGAAGGCUAAGCAUUGAAAUUCAAUUAUACCCAUGUUGUCAGAAUUAGCGAGUACGACAAGGAUUGAACUUGAAGAUUGUAGCUCUGGUGGUUUGCUGUCUACGUAGCUAGGCGCAAGAUGGAUUCUCGUCUAGUAAAUGUGCAAUGCACGCUGUUCAUCUCGCCGGCUGGGAAAUGGCAACAUGCCCGUUUAAUGCAUAUCUGUCCC